CUGAUUCUUCCAAUGUUGACUCUACUGCCUUCUUGGUUAAAAAUUCUGCCUACAAAACGAAAUCCUCUCUUAUUUGUUCCCACUAUGGAUACACUGGUCAUUCUGCUAAUAAAUGUUUCCAAGUGAUUGGGUAUCCUCCUACUUGGAAAGGACUUAAAGGACUGAGAACUGCUCUUGGCUUCAAAGUGCCAACUACAUCUACCAAGAACACUCAUGCCAAUCUAGCCAACAUCUCUACUGAGUCUUCUUCUUCUGAGAUGGAUCUUUGUGAUCCCCCCUAUACAAUAAAUUCUUGGAGUUUAUGAAAACUCAGAAUGAUCCAUCUGCUACUGCUCAUGUUGCCAUGGCCAUUCCUAUUCAUGAACAAUCUCCUGGUAUCAGUGAUACCUCUAUGAUAGGUAAUCAUUCUGUUUUUUUAUCCAGUAUCAAAUCCUCUAUCUAGAUUAUUGACAUCGGUGCUUCUGAUCAUAUGACUCAUAAUUUUAGUUUGUUUACUUCAUCUCCCAAAUCUAUUUCUAUAAAUGUUCAAUUACCUACUGGUUCUUUUAUAACUGCCACUCAUAUUGGUGACAUUAAACUCAAUUCUACUCUUACUCUUCAUAAUGUCUUAUAUGUUCC